UGAGGGAAGCACAGGGGGCCUGGCAGCUCCCAGGGACAGACAGAGCUGGGGAGACAUUGAGUCCGGAGACAGCCGAGCUGAUCCAAGCAGCAAGGGGACCGGCCAUCAACAAGACACAGACAGCCAUGGCCUCAGCAGCUCCCACAGAGGAAGUGUUAGAAGCAGCCACUUGUUCCAUCUGCCUGGAGUAUCUGACAGAGCCGGUGACCAUAGACUGUGGGCACAACUUCUGCCGAGCCUGCAUCACCCAGUACAGUGAUUACAGGGAGCCUGAAUCAGGCACAGUGAUCCCCUGUCCCCAGUGCCGAGCUCCCUUCCAGAAAGGAAAACUCCGCCUCAACAAGCAGCUUGCUGAUAUUGUAGAGAACAUAAAAAAAUGGGGGUUAAAGCCAGGGAAUGCGCAGAAGGAGAAUCUUUGUCAGAUACAUGAGGAGAAGCUCCAACUCUUCUGUGAGGAGGACAGAGAAGCCAUCUGUGUGAUUUGCAGGGAGUCCCGGGCUCACCGCACUCAUGCUGUGGUCCCCAUAGAGGAGGCUGCCCAGGAUUACAAGGUGAAACUCCAGGAAGCCCUGGGCCCUCUGAGACAGGAGCUGGAGGAGGCGCUGGAGCUGACAUCUGCAGAGGAGGAGAAAACCACAGAGUGGCAGGAAAAAGUAGAGAUUUGGAGACAGUUGAUCACACGUGAAUUUAAGAAACUGCACCAGUUUCUGAGUGAGGAGGAGCAGCUGCUUCUGCAGAGACUGGUGGAGGAGGAGAAGGAGACUCUGCAGAAACUGCAGGACAAUAUAACAAAACUCUCAGAGCAGAGUGCCAUGUUGAAGCAGCUGAUCACAGAGGUAGAAGAGAAAUGCCUGCAACCAGCUGCUGAGCUGCUGAAGGAUGUGAAAAGCACAUUGAUCAGGACUGAGAAUGUGACACUCCAGGAAACAGAAGCUGUUUUUCCUGCCCUAAAGAACGUGUAUAAAAUCUGCCUUGAUAUGAGGGAAAUGCUGGAGAGAUUCACUGGGGCCCGAGCUAGAGCCACACCAGCCAGAAGGAGAGAAGCAGCCCAGGGAUCAGAGCUGUGCUGGGGGCAGAGCCACGGCAGCCGGUACCGGAGGAGCGGCCCGGAGAGCUGAGCUGGAGGCAGAACACCAGCAGCGCUGAGGCAGAGUGAAGAUGGGGCUGGAGCUGGGGCUGGAGCAGUCCGGAGCCGGCUGUGGUGAGCAGCUGGGGAGAGCGAGGGGGACCCUGGCAGCGGGCCCAGUGCAGGGAGAUCCCACCAGCCAAGAGGCCUUGCAGGCCAGAAUUGGCAGUGAACCAUAACCCUGAUGCGGGGGCCGAUGCUGGGGAGAAGAGUCCUGCCACCUAGAGCCUGGGGG